GAGAGAGAAAGAGCAGGGCUGUUGUAUCGCGGGUGGUGGAGCAGCCAGGGAGGAAACGUGAGCAACGGCCAGUGGAGACUGACCGACAGUGUUUUUUGUUCAGGAAACAAAUCCGAGAGGCGCAAAGAUUCCGAGGAGGGGGGAAGAACAUUACAGAAACGGACGGACGGACGUGCUGUGACCACCGCUGCCUGCCUGCGAGAUUCGAACAUUGCGACUUGACUGCUGGGAUCUCGGAGAGCCCAGUUCGAGUUUUAAUGGGACAGCGAAAAAGAAAAAAACAUUAGGUGUUUAUUUGUUUUCGGUGGUGUGACUUAGUCCUGCGAGUGUGCGUGUGUGAGACAGAGAAGAAGAAAGCUGUCCACUCCACGCCACACCAGCCUCGACAAGAGCAAUUUCGCUUUUUUAAAAACCUUUUGCCGUAAGACGACUGCAAGGCAAAUGCAGAGAAAAUGUACAUUUUCAACACCAACCUUAAACGGAAAGAGGAAUUUUGUAUCUGUACGCUUUACUCAAGAGUUCAGUAAUUGAUCAGAUUUGUAGUUCCAGCCGAAACCGACAGCCACAGACCCCUUAUGAGGCCGAUAUUGUCCUCAUUUUAACAAGAGGCGACCAAACCACCAAUUUGUUUUGAGUAGCCUACGCGGGGGCCGUUUGAGCUCUGUAAUUUACGCAAAACAUGAAAAUUCACUUGUCGGUCGUGCGGAUAUGGCUACUCUGUGGAUGGUGCCUUCUCCAACAUGGGAACGCCGGAGAGGAGCACUCUACCCCGGCUACAUGCUCUCCGCUUUGUCGCUGCGAGGACGGGGGUGCUGAUUGCUCCGGGCGAGGACUGACCGCGGUGCCCUCUGGCCUCAGCGCCUUCACCUAUUACCUGGACAUCAGCAUGAACAACAUCACAGAGCUGCCUGCAAACGUCUUCAGAAACCUGCCUUACCUAGAGGAACUGAGGCUGGCAGGUAACGAUCUGGCCUUCAUACAUCCUGAAGCUCUCUCUGGACUUCACCAGCUGAAAGUUUUGAUGCUGCAGAAUAACCAGUUGAGGACGGUCCCCAGUGCAGCCCUGAGAAACCUGCAGUCCCUCCAGUCCCUGCGUCUGGAUGCUAACCACAUCACGGCGGUGCCUGAGGACAGCUUUGAGGGGCUGCAGCAGCUUCGGCACCUCUGGUUGGACGACAACAGCCUGACGGAGGUUCCUAUUGGCCCUCUGCGUCACCAGGGCAACCUGCAAGCCCUCACAUUGGCUCUCAAUCGAAUCAAUCACAUCCCAGACCACGCCUUCGCUAACCUGACCAGCCUAGUAGUCCUGCAUCUGCACAACAACCGUAUCCAGGAGAUCGGCAAGAACUGCUUCACUGGGCUGGAUAACCUGGAGACCCUGGAUCUGAACUUCAACAGUCUCCACAGCUUCCCCGAGGCCAUCCAGAGGCUACCAAAACUGAAAGAGCUAGGGUUCCACAGCAACAACAUUGCCGUCAUACCAGAGGGGGCCUUCCACAAAAACCCACUGCUACGCGCCAUCCAUCUGUAUGACAAUCCCCUGUCCUACGUGGGAGUCACUGCGUUCCAGAACUUGUCCGACCUCAGCUCGCUGAUGCUCCGAGGUGCAAAUCAGAUGCAGGAGUUCCCGAGUCUCACUGGCACAGUCAGCUUGGAAAGCCUGACUCUGACAGGAACGAAGAUCGCCAGUAUUCCAAAUGACCUUUGUGAUGUUCUAAGCCUGCUGCGCACACUGGACCUGUCCUACAACCAAAUACAGGCCUUGCCAUCCCUACAAGGCUGCCUCAAACUCCAGGAGAUUAGUCUGCAGCAUAACCAACUGCAGCAGAUUGACAGGGAUACUUUCCACAGCCUGGCAGCCUUGAGGAUUCUAGAUCUGAGCCAGAACCACAUCAAGUCCAUCCACCGGGACGCUUUCCUGUCUUUGAGCGGACUGACCAAUUUGGAUCUGAGUGUGAAUGCCUUGAGUGCGGUGCCUACUGCGGGUCUGUCAGCUCUGAAUCAGCUGAAGCUCUCUGGCAACCUGCAGAUGAAGCAGCCCCUCUCUGCACAGAGCCUGCCCAAGCUCAGGUCCAUCUCCGUGCCCUAUGCGUAUCAGUGCUGUGCAUUCAUUGGCUGCGACACCCCCGUGUUACCAGCGCAGGAAGCGGCCAAGAAGAGAGCCUCAGGUGAAGAGGAUGUAGAGCGUGUCUCCUUGGUGAUGCACUGCUCCCCCUCACCAGGUGCCUUUAAACCAUGUGACCAUCUCCUGGGCAGCUGGAUGAUCCGCCUGACCGUCUGGUUCAUCUGCGCGGUGGCCCUGGUCUUCAACACCUUGGUGCUACUCGUCACCUUCUGCCGACGCGGCGCCAACACCCCCUGCUGCACCUCCUCCACCUCCUCUUCCUCCACCAACUCCUCUUCCUGUUCCUCCUCCUCCUGCGCCUCCUCUCCUCCACCUCCUCCUCCCCUGUCCUCCGCCCGGCUCCUGGUGGGCCUGCUGGCGGGCGCCAACCUCCUGACGGGCGUGUACGCCACGGCGCUGGUGGCGCUGGACGCGUGGGCGUGGGGCGAGUUUGGCCGCGUGGGCGUGUGGUGGGAGGCCAGCGGAGCGUGCGCGGCGCUGGGGGCCCUGGCCGUCUUCUCGGCCGAGUGGGCCGUGCUGCUGCUGGCGCUGGCCGCCGUGGAGCGCAGCGUGGCCGUGCGCCGGCUCCUGGGCAAGGAGGCGGGCGCCGCAGCUAACGGAGGAGUGGCCUGUCACCACGGCGGCGGCGGCAACCGAGGGGGCAUGGGGUCCGGGUUCGGGUACGGUUCCGGUUCGUCGCCCUCAGCUGUGAUUCGUCGGAGGUUCGCGUGGGCGGCGGCUCUGUUGGGGGCGGUGGCGGCGGUGGCCGGGAUCCUCACGUUGCUGCCAGCCAACGCUGGUGGCCUUGACGACGGCGGCCUAUCCUCAUCAUCAUCAUCAUCGUCGUCGUCGUCGCCUCCGCUGGCCGCCUCGCCGCUCUGCCUGCCCUUCCUGGGCGCACUGGGCGACGGCGGUCGCUGGCUGGGCGUGACGGUGGGCCUGACGCUGCUCAACGCGCUGGCGUACCUGCUGACGGCGGCCGUCUACACGCAGCUGUACUGCGGACUGGGGGGCGGGCGCGGCCAGCUGGUGGACCCCGAGCAAGCCGCCGCCGUGCGGCACGUGGCCUGGCUCAUCUUCACCAACUGCAUCUUCUUCUGCCCCGUGGCCGCCUUCUCCUUCAGCCCCCUGCUGGCCGCGGCCGGCGGUGGCAGCGCGGGCGGGACGGCCGCCGCCAUGAUGUCCGGGCCCGACAUCGCCAAGUCCGUGCUGCUCAUCUUCUUCCCGCUGCCCGCCUGCCUCAACCCCGCCCUCUACGCCUUCUUCAGCCCCGCCUUCCGCCAGGACUGGCUGCGUCUGCGCCACGGGGCGGCGACAGGAAGUGGAGGGUGCGGAGGAGGAAGUAGCGGUGGUGGUGGUGGCGGUGGUGGUGGCGGCCGGAACUCGAGCAGCGCGGCGACUUCCUCUGCGAGCGCCAGGGCCUUGGCCAACGGGGUCUGCUGUGGUGGUGGCGGCGGUGUUGUUGUUGGGGGAGGGGCUAAAUGGGUCUCCACGACGACAGGGGGCGGGGUGAACGGGGUGGCGAUGCUGGACAACGGGCACAUGGUCGUCGGGGACGACGACGAUGUCGACGUCGACGAUGACUGCGACGACGAAAGCUCCAGGAUGAUGGUGGUGGUGGAGGGGAGGGGAGGGGGGGGGUGGCAUGGCGCUGGGCUGCCAGCACUGCUGCCAGCUCGCCCUGUUGGCACGCAACUCCUCCUCCUCCUCCGCCUCUCCUCCUCCUCCUCCUCCUCCUCCUCUUCCUCCGACUCCGGCUGCAGACACCUGGUCAAGUCGCACAGCUGCCCCGCCCUGGCUCCUAACAACAACACCACCACUGCCUCCUCCACCAACAACCACCACCACCACCACCAACACCACCAACACCACCAUCACGACCACAACAACCACCAUCACCACAACGGCAACUAUAACCACGGCAACCAUCAUCAUCACCACGGUGCCCACCACAACCACAACCAUCACCACCACCACCAGCACCACCAGCAGGGGCUGCCGGCGCCACAGCUGCGCCCCGAGGGCUUGUGGGAUACGAGCGGCACGCCGUCGGUGCAGUCAGAGUUCGCGGAGCCGGACGAGGGCGACUCGCUGGUGUCGGACAGCUCGGAGCAGGUGCAGGCCUGCGGGCGCGCGUGCUUCUGCCACGGCCGAGCGCUGGUGCCCCUGGUACACUACGCCUACAGCCAGCCGCGCGUUAAGGACUGAUGAGGAGAAACGAUACACACACACACACACACACACACACACAAUACAUACGCAAAUACACACACACACACACACGAUACAUACGCAAAUACACACACACACACACACACACACACACUCACGCUUCUGCCACGGCCGAGCGCUGGUGCCCCUGGUACACUACGCCUACAGCCAGCCGCGCGUUAAGGACUGAUGAGG